AUGUUGCUACAAUUUCACAUAGAUUCGGGAUUGAAUGCCAAUAUAGGGUGCAAUCAAGGGUCGGGGGAUGUGUAUGUGCAUAUUAAGUUGCCUAAUGCGGAAGCCAACCAAGCCUUCUCGUUACAAGAUACGAAGACCGUGAUUGUUUGGACGAUGCUGGGUCUUCUACCGGAGGCCGCUGAUAUUGAAAAAAGUCAUUCUGAGCAAGAGCCCACCCAACCCUUGCUAGCCAACUCUGCGCUGAGGAGUUUCGCUAAGGCUACCGCUGUGGGUAUCGUUCGCGUACGCACAAACCUCACUGAGGGCACAUUGCGCAUGGUCAUAGAGCCAUUUGUACGCCAGGUCACCAAGAUCAAGGACGGCCGGCUGUAUUCCGAUACCAACACGCCCUUGUACUCAUAUGGUCCCAUGUAUCCUCGGCUGUGUGGCUAUGAUCCACUCACACACACAUACACCACACACCAACUCACACACACACGCUCGCUGCUGCUGCAAGAGAUCGUGACUGCGUUUUGGGCGAAGCUGUAUACAGUGCGGUACUUUCCAGACCCGCAGCUGAAAGAGGAGGUGAGUGCUUUCUUGACAGACUAUGUUGACGCUGGUAUAAAAGACACUUCGGCUGAGUUUGCACCGCAGAAGAGAUCGUUGGCUCUGUAUCUCUAUGGCACGGCUGGUGUGGGGAAGUCG